AUGUUUCUACAACUUGAUUGGUUUCCACCUGUCGUGAGUGCUCUGGAGUGUGAGAUCCAGUUGUUAAAGAACCUCCACCACGAACGCAUCGUCCAGUACUACGGCUGUUUGAGGGACCACAACGAAAAGACCCUCACCAUCUUCAUGGAGUACAUGCCGGGGGGUUCAGUCAAGGACCAGUUGAAGGCCUACGGGGCGCUGACGGAAAACGUGACGCGGAAGUACACACGGCAGAUCCUGGAGGGCAUGUCCUAUCUGCACAGCAACAUGAUCGUUCACCGUGACAUCAAAGGUGCCAACAUCCUGCGGGAUUCGGCGGGAAACGUGAAGCUGGGAGAUUUCGGCGCCAGCAAGAGGCUGCAGACCAUCUGCAUGUCUGGCACGGGCAUCCGCUCGGUCACUGGCACCCCCUACUGGAUGAGCCCCGAGGUGAUCAGCGGAGAGGGCUACGGCAGGAAGGCUGACGUCUGGAGCCUGGGCUGCACAGUGGUGGAGAUGCUGACAGAGAAGCCUCCCUGGGCCGAAUACGAGGCCAUGGCAGCCAUCUUUAAGAUCGCCACCCAGCCCACCAAACCCCUGCUGCCCUCACACACCUCGGACCACACCCGUGACUUCAUCCACCGCAUCUUUGUGGAGGCCAAGCACCGGCCCAGUGCUGAGGAGCUGCUCAGACACCCCUUCUCCCAGAUCCUCUGCUGAGGGGAAGUACGAGUACACUCUCUCUGUCUCAACCGCUCCUCGGGACUCAAGGACUACAGCUGACAUCUAGACUCUAGACUUGGAAUUUGGAACUUGGCCCUUUCCAUCCUACAGCUCUCUCCCCAAACCAGACUCACCAGCAGUCACACUCAUUCCUUAACUCACAAAUACACAUGAUCCAUUAUGAUGGAUAAUAGCACAGUGCCAUUAUUCCAAGCUGUUAACGACAAUUAUCAAAUUCACCUCUAACUUCUCCCACUAGGGGGAGCUAUAUGACUGAUCAGUGUUCAGCUGUCUGCUGUGGAGAACUGGACCCACCAACUCCAUACAAACUGUAUCUAUUCAGCUAUCACCUUGGUGGUCUGUGAGAGGAUCACACACACGCACGCACGCACGCACACACACACACACACACACACACACACACACACACACACACACACACACACACACACACACACACACACACACACACACACACACACACACACACACACACACACACACACACACACACUUCAAACACGUCAAAUCUAUUAUAUGUGGCUCAAGAUGGGAUUUGAUCAAGCACCGCCACCGAAUGUGCCUUUCAAAUAUGCCAAAGUGUCCCCUCCUAAGUUUACAUUCUCUAUAUGGGCUGUUAGAUGAGACCCCUGAGGUAAGGAACUGUUUAUAUGGGACUUACAGUAAGCUUGAGAAGAGCAGUAUCUGGUCUACUUAGGCCAAGACAGCAGACCCACAGCCACAGCUCAGUGCUUCAACAUGGUAACUGAUGAAACCAACAGAUGCACCACUCAGUGUUAUAGAGACGGGAUGGAUUUAAUUUUUCACUUUCUCCUCUGAUCCGUCUCUGAUAUUCUUUGUAUUUUUGAGAAAGUGCCUCUUGAUGGUCUUUUGAAGACUCACAGUCCCUGAUGGAAGCCCAUGCUGAUCUGUCCUGUCCUCACAUACAACAUGGAACCAGAGCCAUCAGUGUUUUUGUGUUGUCAUUAUGACCUUCACAGUAGACCAUUGUGAUGACUGUGCCUUAUACUCCAACUCUCUACUGCAGCCCCUCAGUAUCACAGCCCAGGGUUUUCUGAGUGUACCAAAAAUGACCGAUUUCAUUCAUGAAGAGGUUGGUUUCUAGUUUGGUUGGAGGAUAUGCUAACUACACAAUAUUACAAAUGAUAUUGUACUUUGUGAUUGAAAGAGAGAUUUUAUUUUAGUCUUAGACAAAUACAAUCCUAAUGCCUUGAUUUGAAAGUGAGUUGCCAUUAGGUUUACCAGCUUUCUAUGUGUUGACAAGUGUAUCUAGGAAAACGCUACGUCAAACAGUGGGACUCUGCCAUUUAGGAUUCAUUUGAGUCAGAUGCACUUUUAUGUCAAAUUAAAGUUGUUGGUUAUUGUUCGCCUUACGAAAUUAACUCUUUUAAAAAACUUUAAAUAUUCAAUUUCUUUCACUUUUAUUUAAAUCCCUAUGUUCAUCCAUUCCUGAAUUUGUAUAUUCAAAUAUAUAUGUAUAAAUAUAUUUUUUAUAUAUUGACUCUAGACAAUUUGAAAUCUAAUGAGGAUGCAUUUAGACCUAUGAGAUAAAUGUUGCCGUUCGAAAUUAUAAAUUGUUAAAGCAGCUGGUUUUGCAGAAAUUACAACAUUGGGGUUUAUUAGUGAAACACUUUGGGUGGAAAACGACCUCUGGCUAUCUUACCUGGUCUCUUCUCCAAAACAAGAAACAUAUCCACAUUCCUGGCUCCAGUAUAAUGUAUUAUGUCUAAUGGUCCAUGCUUUAUUCAAUGGCAACACUGUUCCAUUGGACCCUUCCAGUUGGACUGCCCUGUCAAACCUCUCACAGUUUCACUACUUCUUUAACAAGGCCACCGCCUAGGAUUUAAAGGCUGCUGAAGUUCCUCCAUAUUUCUCCUUGCUGGCGUGAUGUGUGGGAAAUAGAGGGGAAGUAUGUGAAAUGAGUUGUGUCUCACCAGAAUAACCUUCUCUUCGUGUCAUUCUUGCAGAGCAGAGGGGCUGAAUGUGUGCGUUAGUUAGACUGAGCUGAGCAGGGCAGGGAUGGAGGAGUUCUGAUCAGGUAGAUGCCAGAGACCGGGGUUCCACCCAACAUGACGACUUUGUUUAGCUCAGGGUUCGAGAGACCGACCGGUGCCCAAUGUCUGGGGCCCUCCACACUGAGCAAAGGGCUUUCUACAAUGACCUUUUUUAGUUUUAUUUUCCAUUUAUUUCCAUUUAUUUCAGUGUUACUGGCUCUAAAGUACUUUCAUAAGUGAAUCAAAUGGAUAUCAUGUGGCUGCUAGAUGUUAAAGAAGGCAGCUAAGAAUCAGUUCAGUAUUAGAAAUGGUCCUGUUAUAUACAAAGAGCCAAAACAAAUGUUUCUGUUAACAGAAGAACCCUGGGGUAAGCAAAUGAAACAGGAGUUAAACGUUUAGAUAUACACAUGUAUGUAAAUGUAUAAAUGAGUAUGUUUAAUGACAGGGGACUUGCAGUGCAAAGUCACUCCAGUUUAUCAAAUGUAUUUACGUAGAAAAGGGAACAGUAUGUUAAAUGACAUUGUUUUUCUAUAUCUUUGAGUGCCUAAUUUCAAAAACAAAUAAAUGUUCUUUGUCUCUGGUCCAAUA